CUCUUAUUUACAUAUAGAAAAUGAAGUUGCCCGUUAUCCUGUUGAUUUUGGUCGCUGCUUCCCAUCAGCAAUACAUGCCCUGGAACAUGUUCCAUUUGCCAUGGAUUUCGACGUCGUUCGCUCAGCAGCAGCCCAUCGAAUAUCCUCGUUACUACGACGACAGCUAUGCCAGUCCCGACGUGACACCCAUCGUUAUCGUGACUGGGGUACGUGAGGAACAUCCAAGAGCAUCGCCGAGCCGAGAUAGAAAUCAGCAGUUUGAUGGCAUGCGCGUCGAGCCCAGAGUUAAAAACUACGGGCAUCGACAAAAAGACGUAACGUUCGGCAAUAAGCCACAGAAUCGUUUGUUUAUGACGAAACAGUACCACCCGUACAAGACGGCUACGUUGACCCUUACGUCUACGUGCACGGCCAUCACGUUCUCGACGUGCGUUCCGCGUAACAAUUUCCUCCCAGCGCUGCCCGAUCCCGUUCCCAAUUGUCGUCGCAAAAGGCAAUCUGAAUCCGAUUUUCUUGAAGAUGAACACGCUAAUCAAUUCGCUAUCGAUCCGAGCCAAGUGCAACUAGUAACGCCAACAGAACAGCCGAUGAAGGUGUCUUUUAUCCACGACGGACGGGACAUUACGAGUGAAAUCAUGUCUUCAAAGGACGAGGAAGGGCGUGGUAGGCGAUUGAUUGACGUGUCGGAUAUGCAGAUGAGAAACAAGAAGCGAUUCUUGUACUUGGCGUGGCCGACUUCUCUGGUGGCAGGGACAACCAUUACUUCGUGGUCGGUAACUUCAACUAUUAUCACCAGCACUUUCGUUCCAGCAGUGAGAUUCCGAUGCGUGCCUCCUGGCUAUCCAAUUUGCCCUUAAUCAUCACUGUCCCAAUAUCCUUAGAUUUUUCUCAUUCACUUUAGAUUUUGUUACUCGCCGGGGUGUUGGUUUUAUACAUCUUAAUUCUUAUGGUUAGUGCUGUUGUUCCAGUUUUCUAGAAAUUACAGCAGACACUUCCUUGUUUGCAAUAUGAAAUUGAAAAUUUCAAAGUGUGACAUCGCUGGCAUUGCAUUUGGUAGUUAUUCCACUAAUAGCAUUGAAAGAUUUGUAAACAAAACGAAACGGAAUGAACACACUCUAUGCAUUAAGAUUGCACCUGCUGUUUAUUAUGUUUGUAGCUUGCAU